UCGUUAUGCAAUUCCUGGGUAAAGAAGAAUCGAUCGACUAGAGUAUGGAAUCGCGCGAGCAUUGCUUUCAUUGUCGCGGUAAAUCGAUAGUUCAGCGAAGCGACGAUGAUCUUUUCAAAACUUGUCGAUCCGAUCGCAUCUCGGAAAAGUCGAAAACACCUAGUCCGAAAAAACACGCUCCUGGAUGUCUUAGGAGACUCUUUGAAGAAGAGAAACAACGUGAAAUCGCCUCCUGCGCUGACAAAUUCGCUCUGGCGAAGAGAUUGCACGCGGAGAACUUGCAGCAUCAGCCACUCCCGGACCGGGUGGACGAUUCCAUCUUUGAAAAAAGAUAUCGCUCUUGUUCAGCCGGUUGCGAACGAGAUGCCGAGUGUCAAAAUCAAGAUGACGUUGUUGCUACGACGUUGGAGGCAGAGGGCCAUCGGUUCGGACCCUCGCUCGGCUGCAAGAAGCCCAAGACCCGGAUGGACUUGGCCAUCUGUUGGGAAACGCCAAUGGACCCUGUAUACGAGCCGCGUAGACCAACGCACAUCGAUGGCUCCGAGGGCGGUUUGGCACCAGCAAUCUUCGCUUUGAUUCAGCACACGUCAGCACCGAAGAACCGCGAACUCCUGGUUCGCAACAAAGAAAAGGAUGAGCGUUGCGAUUGCGCGAGGCAGCAGGAAACGCAGGAAAAGAAUCCGAGAAGUUACUGCUGCGAUUGCUCCUGCAACGGUCCCCGUGAUAAGCUUCCUCGAAGUGGCAAGUCGACGAGAUCAAAUUCCGUGCCGCGCAUCACCGAACGCAGGUGCGCCGCGUGUCAGGGCGACAAACCGGAAGCGGAACCCGAGCGAAGAAGGAGAAGCCGAGAGGAUCCGAGACUGAUCAGAUCCGCGGUGGGUGUCGCGCUUGGUCUCGAACAAAGAUGCCGGACGACGGGCGACGAUGGGGCGCGUAGGAAUGGAUUACCGCCGACGAGGGUGACGGUCCCGCGGCCGAGGACUCCGUUCGCUAGACGUGCCUUCUGCAUCGAUACUCUCGCGCCGCCAUUCAGCAUAAUGAGCGGCUGUCGGGACGCUGAUUACCCCGAGCACUGGCGUCUCAUGUCCGUGUACCAGCAAUCGUACAAAAAUCCGCAGAAACGAAGGAUUCGCCGUUUUUGAUCGAAGUAGAAGAAAUUAAACACUUUCUUGAAAAUAACAA